CAGGACCGCGUCCCGGAGCUGCCCGAAGCAGCUAGCUCUUUAUUCAGACAGAUUAUUUUCCUAUUUGGUUAAAACACCAAAGAGAGCAUCUCAGAGCCCUGCUAUCGAGCUUCCCCCACAGCCUCAGCUGGGAAUCUGAGUCUGGAUCGGGAGGAGAGACAUCUGAGAGGCUGCCUACACCGCGGAGAAAGUGACGGACGGAGCAGAGCCUGAGCACCGGGAUUUCUACCACGUCAGUUUCGGAUAUUUCAGGCUGCUGCUUUGGCCCAGCCUUGAUUUCUUUCAGGGUACAUUUACACAAUAUUGCCUCUAAGAUAACACGAACAUUUCCAUGAUAAAUAUCACCUAAGGUCUAAAGUGAGCAGGCGGACCACUUUAAACCCAUGCGUAACAGCGGUGGAUUUUGGAAUACUGCGUAGCAGUUCAACCAUCCAGUGUGUCGAUUAACUGCCUCGUUAUUUGGAAAUAUCUACAAACAAAGAGAAGAGCACCCAGGACCUUUUACUUUGUUCCGGAGGCUAAACGCUGAAAACCAGGGGCGCACUUGGUGCGCAAUCCUCCCGAAGACGCUCCUGAAAUUGCCGACCUGCGCUUUUAGCCUCGACAGAAAUUGGCAGUCGAGUCGAGAAAAAAGGCAAAGGCUUAUUAACUUUGCGUGCUAGAGGCUAGAGUGUGGAAUCUAAUUCACAGGGUUAUAUCGGUCUAUUUGCAUAUACCAUCGGAGCAGGAUAAACUUAAUCAUCGUUUUACAUCGACGAAGCGGCUGCUGGAUGUUGGAGAACGGAAUGAAUCUUUUUUAAUCUGGACCCCAGAAGUAUGAGGCAGAUUGCUCAGUGAAUGCUACAAUCUGCAUGGAGUUCUAGCCUGCACUACGGAGCAAUUUAUGGUUGGCCGCAGAACUCCCCCGGCUGUAGUUCCGUGCCCACCUCGCCAUGCUGGCCUGUCUGCAGAGGAGGCAGAACCCUCCACCCCAGCACCCGGUGUGUGCUAGCAAGACCCUGGAGCCUCCACAAGCCCUAGGACGGAAAUGUGAGCUGGUGGUGCCCACACAUUCACCACGCUACCCCACUGCAGCAGAACUUGACGCCUACGCUCAGAAGACGGCCAACAGCCCGCUGUCCAUCAAGAUCUUCCCCACCAACAUCAGGGUUCCCCAGCACAAGCACCUUAACCGAACUGUGAAUGGAUAUGACACCACAGGGCAACGCUACAGUCCUUACCCACACCUCCACACAGGGGGUUACCAAGGUCUGCUCGCCAUUGUCAAGGCAUCCUCAUCAUCUUCAUCGUCUACCUUUGUUCCUUCUAAAGGUGUUCUCAAGAACUCUGAUGGCAGACGGACUAAGCUCUCUCCAGCCCACAUAGCUGUCGCCCCAUACCCGCCCCCUAGUAGUAGCACUUUAGCCAGUGGCCAUGGCCAAAUGGUCUACCACACGGGGCCCACGAAGCCUCCAGAAGGCCCCGGCCUAUCGGUUCCCCCAAAUGUCACUGUAGCAGGCUCAGUGAUUCCUGUAACAGGGGGCCGAGGCCUGGCCCUGCCCGCACAGUCCAACCUCCCCUCCAUCCAGAGCAUCAUCUACCAGAUCAACCAGCAUUGCCAGGCCCAGGCUCUUCAGCAGGUGUGCCAGGGGGCCGCCACCACCGCACCGUCAAACUCCAGCCCCUCCAAGCAGGGCUCGACUAUCAUGGGGCUCUCUUCUAGCUCCUCAGGGGGAGGCUACGUGGUGGGAAUGGCUCCCCAGGCUAACAUGGUGUACGCAGGGCCUGGGCUGCCAGCUCAGAAUGCUGAGGCGAUGAAGACUGGGGUAUAUGCAGAUGGAAUGGACUACAUCCUUUGGCAGAAGCAACAACAACAACAACAACAGCAACAGCACCAACAACAAGCUGUACUCCGUAUGUACAGUGGAGGGAGCGGAGGAGGGGGCGCUAUCAGUAAGUCUCCUGAAACUUGUGUUCCAGGUGGAGGGAUCAUGGCAGCCCAAGUGUCCUCCUCUUCCUCAAGACCUUACCACCUGACAGCGAGUGCCAGUGGAGGAGGAGGGUUGGACAAAGUCAGCUCCUCCCCUUUGAACUGCGUGGGCAUGCACGGGAAUUUCUCAGUCGGUCAAUACUUUGCCCCGCCGUGGAACAGUGUGCUGGUGACACCUGACAGUGACUGCUACAACCCCCAGGAGCUUCUGGGCACCUCCACAGGAGGGCCGGCAACUGGGCACAGAGAGAUGGGCUACCCCCACCAUCAUCACCACUACCACCACCAUCAUCAUCACCCUGCCAUUGACAGCGGGGGAGGCCUGUGCUGUAGCCUGCCCAGCAAGAGCCUGUGCAACACGUCGGUGCUGAGCAGCAGCCUGCAGUCUCUGGAGUACCUGAUCAACGACAUCCACCCGCCCUGCAUCAAGGAGCAGAUGCUCGGCAAAGGCUACGAGACUGUGUCAGUGCCACGUCUGUUAGACCACCAGCAUGCACACAUCCGCCUCCCUGUUUACAGAUAGAGGAGGAGAACGAAGAGAAGAAAAUCAAAGUUAAAGAACAGAUGUUUUUUUUUUUCCGAGUGGCACUGCUUUAACAAAGUGUGGGAGCUUAGAGAAGAGGAGGUGUUGUGCUGUGUGACAAUAGGUUUGAUGGUUUCACUGAAAGCUGUGGGAAUCCCAAAUUAAAAAGGUGGAAAGGAUUGCCAGAGGGAGAGAAAAGGGAUUUCAAGAUUCUCCAUAUGUUCCAUUGUGUGGUUUUGCCAAUAGGAAUUUUGGAUUGAUUUAUGUUUUAUUUUUCUUCUGUUUGUUUCUUGUUUUUCUUGCCUGAACAUUUUUGAUGAGAAUCAUAGGUUUGACAUGAAGUGCAUACGCCACUUGUAUCCCCCCCUUCCAAAUACUAAAAUGAAGCUACUGUGUAGGUUGUCACUGAAACGGUCUUAAAGGGCCGACGUUUAGGGCUGCUCUCAAGAUCCAAAACUCUUUAACACAGAUCACACACAAAGAGAAACACUCACAGAUACAUGAUGAGGCUGAAACUCUAGGCAGUAAUCGGGUGGAUAUGUACGAGGAUCAUAAGGUUGAAUUAAAAGGAUAUUACAAUAUUAGUUAUUAUUGCUGUUUUAAUUGAUACAUAAAUUGCACUGCUUGAAUCUUGUUAACUUUGAAGUUUGGAAUUGGGUAGUUUGUAUAUGAUAUAUUUAAGAAACUUGAAAACUUGAACCUAUUUUUUGUUGUUUUAUAUAUUUGUAGGUAUAUUAUAUGCAUCGGCUGCUAUGGGGAAAAGUGUCUCAAAUGCUUUUUUUAUCAUGAUUUUUUUUCCACUUUUGUUUUUAUGAUUUAUUAAUUUCUCCUCAAGCUGAUGUGCAGUUUCUUAUGUCCUGGUGUGAGGCAUAGUUGCUGCUUUGGUUCUGUAAGAACCUUGUUUGGAGAGCUCUUUUUUCCUAACCAACACUGGAAUCUACAAUAAAUCUUGAAAUACUUAUUUAAAAAGAAAAUGUUGCAAAAAAACAAGAAAAAGAAAUGUUACAAUGAAGAAUGUGAUUGGAAGGUUAUUGAAAUAACCUUAUGUGUAUGUUUGUGCGUGUAUGUGGCUGAGUGCAUGCGCGUGUGUAUUUUUAGUUCAAAAUCCUCAGACUUUUUUUUCUUGAAUUGUGUCAUUGCAAGAUUUCUACCAAGACAGAAUAAGUGAUUCCCACAAAGAUCAUAUCUGAGAACUGUAAAGGGGAUGUUUUACAGAUUUUGUUUGUUUUUAUUUUAAGCUUUGGAUGUUUUCUGGAGCUAAAGUAGAGAUGAUUUCUCAUGACUCCUGUAGUUACGGUGCUUCGUCCUGUACUUCUGUCGAAUGUUAUCGUAAUGACAGAAAGACGUGGAAGCCCAAUUUAAUCCUGCAAACAAAAACAAAAUGAAAACAAUCAUGCCCUGUCCUCUGGCAUCAGAUGAAAGGAGACGAGGCUCUCUGCUUUUUCCCUCGUCCAUUUCAGCCCCUGGUUGGGAUUUGAUUCAGCCCGGGCUGGUCUUAACUUGAUGAUUCAGAGCAGUGAAAUAUUUAUUAUGACUGUGAGAUUCCCUUGAAUGUACUGCACUUAAAUUACUGCAAUGUUUUAUUGCCUUGUGGGACUCAAGUGAAAGAGAAAAAAAUUGGAUCAGUGCAGCAGUCCUCUGGUCUUAAAUUAGCAUUUCUUUUGUCCGUCAAAUUUCAAUGCUAAAUUGAAUUUGGUAACUGGAAAGAGAGAGCGAGCCAGAGCUUUGUUGUGGGGAAAUACUGGCAUCAGUCGAGAUUUAUGAAGUGCAAUUAUUAUGACUGUAUUAACAUUUUUCUCUGAGCUUACACCAAAAAAAAUGUAAACUACAGUUGUCAAUACAUUCCCAGUGUACCACAUCCCUAAUCCCUCUCCUUUUUUUGUUUUGAGGUGUAAAAUAAAUUUCUUUAAGAAGAUAUUCAGAGGCCGAAUAUUGGCUUUGAAGUUUGUCAUUAUUUUUUAACGUUUGGGGAAAGCGGGUGCUUGUUUCAGCAGCUCAGUGAGAUCCACAGAGCAGCGUUAUGUGUGAUGUAGAUCAACCCGAGAUUAUUUAUCAUGGCCAUCCAAAGAAAAACAACAGUGAGAUCUGCGGAAAAAUCUAAAUCAACUAUAAGGGAUAAAAUCACUUUCACCCCGUAAACUGAUCUGUUUUCGACCCUCACUUAUGAGCCUUAAUUUCUAAAGCUAAAGGUGCACGCUGUCUUUAAAGGCUGACAAAGAUUCAGUCAAAAGAAACCCAAGCCCCCUUGGCUUAAAUUUGCACAGUAAGCCUCCUUAACAUUCCAGCGAAAAUUUUCAUGUUGUUUCAACAGCUUAAUACCCCAGCCACAGUGUGAUCCCAGCAUAUUUUCUGUCUUGUAGAAAUAUUUUGACAGAUUUACAGAUACAUCCCGUCCCUAAACCCCCCCACCGCCCCGUUUGGCUUCUGCAUCCGAGCAUUAAACCCUGUCACAUGAUGUUGAAGUGAAGGGAGACACUUGAGGCACUGGAGUUUCUGGUGUCUGGCCUUUCCCACCAGUGGAGGUCUCAGGCACCAGGCCUUGCCGCUAAUGGGAAUAUUGGGUGACGCCUGACUGCUGGACACUUCCAGUGGAUAGAAUUCUUCCAGUCUGAGGGGGGAAAUUAAACCUUUUUCAAAUAGCGAGGGAUUUCCUAUUGGCACAGAGAGGAAUCUUCACGUUUUAAGCCAAGUUUAAGUAAAUAAAACAUAAAUUCAAAAGUCAAAAUGUUUAGAUACCUUUAAACAGCUCUGCUUUGCAUGUACAUUAUCUUCUGCACAGGCUCCAAUCUGUCUGUCCCCUGCUCCUUUACACACAUCAAUGAGCUCCUAUUGACGGGAAGCAUCUCUGCCCUGCGACUCCGCUCCAUUCCACAAUUCCCGAUUUGGACAAUGGACGCUUAGCCCCAUAUUAGGAUAAUAGAAUUAAAUUUCAAAUAGAUUUGUGCCUGAGCUGAUCCAUGCACGGCUCACUCAGCUGCAGAGGCAGAGUGGCAUAUGGCACGUCAUUAUCUAAGCCCCUUCCUCCCCCUGUCCGGGGCCAACAGGGUUCAGCGGUGCUUAAACAAACUGAAGGUUAGGACUGGCUGGCUGGCGUUGAAGGGGAGGACAGCAGGGUUUGUAAAAGGGGGGAGUAGUUGGAGGGGUGGGUUGCUAAAUCACAGCCUCCACAGC